CAGAGUUCAGCGGAGGAGGAUUGUUCUGCUGGAGCUGCUUUUCUCUGCUCUCUGGAUACUUUCUUUGUUGUUGUUGUGCUGUUUUGUUGAAACAGGGGACUCGUUUUAUUGGCUGCUAACAGUGUGAGAGGUGAUAAGUUGUCUGCAAGUGUCCUCACAGAGCUCCCACUGAACGACGAGCCCACUUCAUCUGUUUUUCAUUUUAAAGGACGGAAAACGAGGGAAGAACAGCAGUUUUGUUGCCCCACGGAGGUCGUGUACAAAAUGAAGAAAGGGGGAAAUGUCAGUCUGCUAACACAAGAAGAGUAAAGACACAACAGAAUCAGCAAUAAACCUUUUGGCAUUGUUGUUUCAGGGAUAGUUUCUGGAUUAAUUACUACCAGAAUACAUAGAUUUUUCUGUCCGUCUUUGUGAGGAGACCCGUGACGCAUUCACUCAUGGAGAACUCUGGCUGAGCUGACACUUGCCCCCUCUCAACAUGCUGAGAGUGGAGCAGGGCAGGCAGGGGGUUGGUGAGGUCGAUCACCUGCAGAAAGAGGCCACGACGACCAGGCCGGGCUGGCAGUCAGGGAGGCCACCUUCACAUAAGCAGCGCAUUAACAUCAGAGAGAAGAUCUCCCAGUGGGAAGGUCGCAGUCAACAGGGCAGCAGCCAGGAUGCCGGAGUCAGAGCACACCCUCCGACUGUAUCCCGAACUCUGUCUGGAGAUCUCCUAGGCAACGGAUGUUCCAGCGAGUGCUCAAGAGGGGGGCUUCAUGCAAAAGCCAACCUCUCAAAAGCAAAGAGCUUGGGGUUGGAUUUUCGGGAAUCUCCGGGACAGACUGGACAUGUUGCGGUUGAUAGGAAGUCAGAACCUCUGCAGAAGAAUUCCACUCAGUUUUCAGCAUCAUCCCCAGGAAAAAAUGCACUUGCUGCGCAAAUAUUUGAAUCUACCAAAGUGAAGGCUAACCCCUCCAUCUCUACAAGUAGACAGAUUAUUAUUGCGAAUGGUGCCCAAAACACAAGUCGCAUCUUGGAUAUUGAAAUAGUUUCUAAACCUUUACCUCUGUCAACUGACGAGCACGAAGACAACAUGCCUGCUGGGAAUUUCUACACUUCACGGGGUUUCUGGCGGAAGCUUGAGGGGGACAGGCUGCUGUGGGAGAAAGGCAGGGAGUCUUCAGGUGAAGCCAACCCCCCUCCCAAACCUCAGCGGACAUUCCAGUAUAGGGGAGCCAACAACAACAGUAUGGGGCAAACAACGCGAUGGGACAGCAGAUCCCCUCAUAACCACUCCACCGUGAGGGGCAGGAGGGUGGCUCACCCGCCGAGCUUUCCACCUCCUCCAUGUCCGGUUGCAAAGGCUGAAGGGCUUUCGAGGCAUAAAAAGAACAGGAAGUCCUUUGAGUAUGAGGACGCGGCACGUCUGACGGCACAGCGAGACACGCCGGGAGGCAAUAGCAGGCAUUCGGGCAUUUACCACGCCUACUCUGAUGACAACAUUUAUGAGGACAUUGUCUUGACCCGAGAUAACCCCUACGAGGAUAUCAAGCUGUCUCCCAUGUGUCUUCCUAUUGCAAGGCCUCACAACCCAAAGUUGCCUCCUAAACCCCAAACGCUGCACGGCUACACUAGCAAAGUGGAGAGGAAGGACUUCCAACCAGUAGCAGCUUCCAAAUCCUCCACCCUUAUAGAUACUCCUAAACCAGCUACACCCAGACGCCCAAGCACUCAAAAAAUACACAGGGCACCUCAGUAUGUCAACAAGAUUGAGACCAUUUUUGACGAUAAGCGAGGGAGGAAGCGAGUGAAGAAUCAAGGAGCCACCAUGCGAGCAGAAGAGACCAGCGGGACAGAGAGUGACCCUGAAGACAACACCAAAGCAGGUUCCAGGAGGUCCGUUUACAUCCAGUCUACACUGAAACGUCGGCCAGGCUACCGCACCCUGGAGAGAGACUUGAUCCAGCUCCAGCAGCAGCAGCUUUUCCAGAUCUUUGUGGUGGUGUCGCUGAGAAAAGGCUCACCAGGAAACACCUACUCCCCUGAAAUUACUCAGCAGUUCCCCAAAAUGUUUGAGAAAUCGUCCCGGCUCUCUAAAGAAGCUGAGGAUCAGCUGAAGGUCAUUCCCAAGUUCUGCUUUCCUGAUUCUCAGGACUGGAAGCCCUCUGCACACACGCCAAGUGAGACCUUUUCGUUUGUCCUGACUGGAGAAGAUGGAAGCCGCUGGUUUUGUUACUGCCGCAAGAUCCUGCCCAGUGGAAAGGGGAAGAGGCUUCCUGAGGUGCACUGUAUCGUCAGCAAGCUGGGCUGUUUUAACCUGUUUGCAAAGAUUCUGGAGGAGGUGGAGAAACGCAGAGAAAUUUCUCCAGCACUGGUUUACCCUUUUAUGCGUAGCGUGAUGGAGGCCCCGUUUCCAGCCCCCGGACGCAUAGUCACCAUCAAGACUUUCUCCCCUGGCUCCGGGAAUGAGAUACUGACUUUGUGUCGACCCGUGGACUCAAGACUGGAACACGUGGACUUUGAGAGUCUGCUGCAGUGUCUCAGUGUUGGUAAACUCCUGCAAGUAUUCGCCUCCCUUCUGCUUGAGAGGAGGGUCAUCUUCAUCGCUGACAAACUCAGUGUGUUGUCUCGAUGUGGCCUUGCAGUGCUGGCUCUGCUAUACCCAUUCACUUGGCAGCACACUUUUGUGCCUGUGUUACCAGCCAGCAUGCUCGACAUCAGCUGUUCCCCCACCCCAUUCCUCAUCGGGGUGCUGGCACCGUACCUGCCACAGCUGCUGGAGCUGCCCAUUGAGGAGGUGCUCAUAGUGGAUCUGUGUGCAGACAAGUUUGUCAUUCAGAUGGGUGAUGAAGACUGCAUUCUGCCCAGUAAAUUGCAGGCAGCUCUGCAGCAGAUCCUGGAGGAAAGGGAAGAGAUCCUGAGACAAGACAAUGGAGACAAAUGUGGAGGCCAGCAGGCUGACCUCAGCUCCCUGGUGUCUGAGGGCUUUGUGCGGUUUUUCGUGGAGCUGGUAGGCCAUUAUCCUCUCCACAUGGUUGAGUCCUCCAACGGAAGCAAAGAGUUUCAGCGCGACAGCUUCCGCAAAUCUCACCCCUCCCGUGGAGUCCGCCAGUUCCUGCAGCUCUUCAUGGACACCCAGAUGUUUGCUGGAUUCAUUCAGGACAAAGAGCUGCGCAAGGGAGGAGGAAGAGGUCUCUUUGAAACAAGAGUGGCCGAGUAUCUGGAUUCAUGCCCUGAUCCUGAGCCGAGUGGUGUGAACAAAUUCCUCAAAGGACUGGGCAACAAGAUGAAGCUCCUACAGAUGAAAUGAAAAAAGACCACAUCUGCUUGUGAAUGGAAGACGUUGUAAUUAAAAUUUAAACACUUGCUGCUGGACUGGAUAAGAUAAAUGAAUGUGGAUGAGAGUCUUGUGCCUGAAUGUGAAUGACACAGCAAGGAGUUUCGAUAUGAUGGGACCAGUCUUAUCUUCUUAUCUUAUAGCCGUGCAUGUAUGUGUGAGAGCAGUGCAAUUGUUGGAUGAAAACUGGAAGCACGUCAUCUUUUUCUUUUUCAGCAUUGUGUCUUUGUGAAAUUGCAAAAACAUUCCAGCUAUCAUCCUGAACAUGUGGGGUUAAAUUAAUUUGAAUGGAAACUUGUUUACUUGCAACUUUACCUUUGACCUUUAAUGUUGCACUUCACUCUCGUCACUCUCGUUAAUGUAAAUUCCAUUAUCAUUGUUGCAUUCCUUUUUAGUCCAAACUAAUUUUGUGUUUCUGUUUGCAUUUCAGAUUUAGUUGUUCUUAUCAGAGCAUUUUAAAGUGUUUUAAGGUGAAAUCUGAACUCUCUUUUUAUAGCUUUAUUCAUGACUUAAUCCCUGUUAACUGGAGUUGUAAAUAUUUUUUUUUACAUUUUGCACAUGUUGAGAACUUGUGUACAGUAUUUGAAAUAUUUUUGUAAUAAAGCACGACAUGUCCUACUUACUUUUUUAAAUAAAUGAGUUUCCAGGGACAUUA